UCUGAUCCUUACUCGGACCAGUGCUCAGGAAAACCACUUAGAAUGAUCGCGCAGAAGAAGCCUCGACGUUUCGUUGAUCUGCCCCUGCUUCCGUGGCUCCACACGAUGGGUCCCACUGCUUCUUGGCAGUGGGUGUGCGGAGCAAGAAGUCGGGCAGCAGUGCUGUGCUGCUGGCAGAGACCCGUUGGGAAAGGCCACGGUGCAGACACGCAGGCCUGGCCAGGCCCCAGUGUUCCCCACGCACAGCCAUCACAGGCUCUGUGUCCCCAUGCGUCCCAGCACAGCCCUGGGCACACCUUGGCUGCUCCUCAUUGCAUCGGCCACACGCUGCUCCCGCACACAAAGGCCUUUAUGCUCGCGCACACAAUGGGCUCUUUCAGUUGCAUUUACUUUUACCUUAUGUUUCAGUCAAGUGUGAAGAGCCUCUGGGUGAAAGGGGUCAAAGACAUAAAUUCAGCCAGGAUGGGGUUGUGCUGCUCUUCCCACGGUACACAUUCUUACGUAUACGAAGGAGGAAUGGUGUUUGGAAACCAUCUACACAGAAUGGACACUGGGAGCUCUUCCACGAGGGCCAUUUGCUGCAGACGUUCUGGCUUUGAGGGAGAUGCUCCCACCUCCUGUCCUGAGCUGAACACGUAUAGCACCUCAGUCACCCACUAUGUCUCAACUGAGCAAACAUGGGAAGGCUCUCCUCAAAUGACAGAGGGAUCAGGCUGCUGUGGUCUAAGGAGAAGUGCACGCGCCAGCAUCUUUGUGGCAUUCAGGCAGCUGCAGGAUGACCACCAUCAUCUCUUCAUUGCCAUACUGUGGGUAAAAAUGGUAGCAGGCUUGCUCCUCAGCAAAAAAACUUCAGUUCAAGUCACAGGAACCUCCCCCCCCUUGAGGAAGAAUGAGGUGCUGGGAUGCAGCAAUGCAUCCCUUGUCAGAGCACCCUUUAUGAGCACAUCUUGCAACUGCCUCUUGUCCACAGGUGAGGCUGAUCCGGAGGCAGCCCAGGGCAAAGGUGGCACCAUGUAGUGGCUCAGGCUCCUUUUCAGCCCAAUUUGCCUCUGAUUUUAUACUUAGAUUUAGUUGCAAUCUGACUGCAGCAGGAAACUGAAGCAGCAGCUGGGUGUGCUUUGACAGAUAGAGUCUCAAACCAACAGCAGAUAAGCUUUCUUGCUAUAAGGCAUUUGGUGUUGCGGAUGCAUGUGGAUGACCAAGAGAGCCUUAUCACUGCUGAUAAGAGACUGAUCAACCCAGUUCCUAAAACAAAAUCAUCCGCUCCCCUGUGCUCCUUGCCUUGCCGCAAACCAGGCACUGCACAGCCUGCAAAGCCAAAGCUGUUGCUUCCUCCAGAGCGAGCCAGGACGUUUCACAAAUUCACAGAUGAGUGUUUCUUGAGGAAUGUGGGGCAAACUGUAUACGUCAGUAGUUUUUGCUUUGCUGCAUGCACAGAGCUUUGCUACAGGAGGGGUUCUGGCUGGUGUUCUCACAGAGUGCAUGGUGAAGAUGGGAACAGGACAAGGCACAGCAGUACUAAACAGCCCUGCAGGACACAGAAGCUACAGACCCAGUGCUCAGGCUAUGAUUUCUUCAUUUAGUUUCUGUGGGAACAAUUUAAAGCCUGUGAAAAAGUGAUGGCACGAAGUGGAGUCUGGAAAAGUCACCUUCUAGCAAGAGGCAGCAGUUGAGGAAGGAUUCAUGGGUGCUGGAGCUGCCCCUUGCCCUUCAUCCCACAGCCCCACCUCAGCCAGGAGAUCCAGCUCUAUUUGGGUUCCCUUCCAGCAGUAGAUCCCAGCACUGCAUCCUGCAGCUGCUCCCAGCCCUAACCAGGCACCUGCACACCGCUGCUGCUGGUGAUGGGAAUCACACCCAGCGCAGCCAUCUGCAGCAGGGAAUGGGUGUCUGUGACCCUGUUGCAGGGAAGUGCAGGGGAAGAUGAAGAGCUUACCAAUUGUGUUUGCAUACGGUUGGGAUACAUGAAUGCUGUGGUUUCUGUGAGCACCCUGGCGCUGUGCAGGGAAUGACAGGGAUGCUGCAGAGCUUGGUGCUGUAGUUAUCCUUUCUGGGUGGACUCGAGGCCCUUGGAGAGGUCCCAGCCUGCUGUCUGAGCCAGGAGCAGCAGGUGGGGACUGGAAAUUCAGGACCUGGGAACAGGCAACAGGAGGCAUUUGGGGCAUGUGAAUAACUGUGGGUGCUCACACCAUGGCCGUGUGGAAUAGGACAGGCUGCAGCAGCAGCAGGGCUGUGCUGGGAGCAGGGACAGCAUCUCCACCCUGCCAGGGGUUAACAGUGAGCUCUGGAUCUGGGAGCAGCCCACGGAGGAGAAAAGCACAACCCAGUAAUUCAGGCACAUCUCACUCCAGUUCAAAUGACAUUGUUUCAGUCCUGUCUGCCUCACCCCUCAGUGGUAAUUACAGACUUUCACAAACGGGGAAUGAGGGACACGGCGGAGGAAGCCUUCAUUACAGGCUUAUCUCCCAGAGCAAAAGUGCGCCCGGCGUAAUGUCUGGGGCACGCUGCCAGGGUCGACCACCAAAGCAAAAUGCUUCCAUUUAGCACAAAAAUAAAAGGGGGAGAAGUGUUAAGUGGUUUGGGAAGAUCAGAACCUCACAGCACUGCUGCCAGGCUUGGGGAGCGCUCUGGAGGAGCUGGCAAGCUGCCCUGGUCCGAAGUGCUGUGGUUUACAUCCCUUCCUUCCUUCCCUCCUUCCUUCCUCCCAUCCUCCUCAGGCAAGCUUCAUGGCCACUGGUGGUGGCACAAGGGUGUGCACGUGGAGCGGGUCCCAGCAGGGAACCCAGAGCCUGCUCCUGCUGUGAAGGUGGCACCUCGUUUCCACAGGACCUGGGGCUUGCAUCAGGAAGGUCCUUCAGGCUGCAAGGCACUGUCCCCACACAGCUAACGGCAGGAGAGGAGGGAGAGGCGACAGAAAGCCUUCAGUCUGAUUGCUGUUAGGAUGCGUCUGGGGACCGAAUUUUAAUUGUUCCUUCCCGCUGGGUGAGCGAGCACAGGAAGAGAUUUACCUCCUGGCCUUUCCACUUGGGCAUGUUGACAUUUCCAGGCGGCAGUUUUCUCUGAUGGAGCGCUUUGACGUCAGGUGGGCUGAUUACAGCCUGCGGUGCCUCUGACUCAUUUGGCGACGGUCUGUGUGGGGGACCUGGAACGUGCCUCUCUCUCUCUAUCGCUUGUUAUGGUCGGCUUUAAAUAAAUAAAGCCGAGCUCGGCUCACAACUUCGGGGAGAUGCUGUGCUGCUCAGCCUGAAGCACUCAUUGCCAUGGCAACAGAUGCAGAAAUGUCGCUACGCAGCCAGCUCCCCUGCCCCGCUCCUGCCUGCCUUGAAGGGUCCAAACAGGAGCAGAGUGUGCCUGUGGGCAGCCACGCUGGGGAGAGCCUCCUCAGGGGGUCGGGAGCCCACUGCUCACAUCUCUGGUGUCUCCAGGAACGGGAGAUUUGGGGUUGGAUGGCAGAUAGGAUAACAGCAUUCCUAGAUCUGUUUCCUUCUCCAGGCGCUGCGGGACAUCCAGGAUAUUUCCUACAUUGCAGUGUCCUGGGAUGCUGGGAAUGUGGGAGAUCCUCACCUUCCCUGCACUCUCCUUGGGUGACUUCUGGUGGUGGCAGAGGACAGGCUGGAAGCACUCUGCUGGCCACGAUGCAGGCAUAAGAAACCACUGCUCGCUGGUUUCAACCCUCUUAUUUUUAGACCACCCUCAGCGCCCGAGCCACGGAUGACAGAUUUCACUUUGGGGGCACACUGCAGGGAAGCAUUCAGCCCCCAGGUUGAGGUACGGUCACACCAGUGUUUCAGCUUCCAGCUUCCAGCUGGCGAAGCAGCAAUUCCAGGGUGAGCAGCCAGUGGCAGAUUGAAGCAGCAAAGGCUCACAUCCCACUGGAGCCUUCAGAAGGGCAGAAUACACCUCAAGCCAAACAUCCCAUCUCCUAACACAGAUCUGUAGGACUAGAGAACGUUUGUUAUGUUAAUCCUCGUCGUGCAGGUUUAAUGCUUCUCCGGCUGGGGUGCUGAGUUUGUUUGCUGCCACAGAUGGUUUGAAAGUAACCUCACCUCCUGCUGUUGCCGCACCGUGUCACAUCGGGGAAGUUAAAAACAUGAGAAGGGUUGGAACAUGUGAAACAUUUUUAUGACUGCAAAGAUUGAACCACAUUUCCAUGACAAAUCACUGAAAUUUGAGCAAUCUAAUUUACAACACAAAUUCCUUUCUUUUGUGCGUCUUUCCCAACUCAAAUUCAAGUCAGAAACUCCCUGGGCUCUGCUGCAGCUCUCAUCUAGCAAAACUGUGGGUGUAAGAUGAAAAACAAUUGCAUGAGGUCUCCAUGGCUGGUCCAUGAUGACUCCAAACCCUAAAUUGUUCAUCCUUAAAGCAUGGUUUACGACUGCAACAGAUUCUGGAGGAGCUGUGUAACCAGUACUUAAAUAAAGGGGAGGCAGCGAGCCCUCCUGCAGCAGUGGUAUUUGUUCUGGGAAGGGCUGACCCAGGGUGGCCACAGCAAGAAGGUAGAGAAACCCACUGUCUCCUCCUAGAAACAGAAUUGAAGGUCACAAAGUAAAGACCCCUGCAGCCACUGCUGGCCUCCGAUUAAAAAUAAAUCCCUUUCAUGGCCAGACAGUGGUUUGGGAAGGGGAAAUGCUGAACGGCAGUGAAAACCUGAAUUUUUUGGCUGGGUGUCCUGCAAAGCAAGCACAAGUGCCAUUGGUUCGGGUACAGCUCUAUACUCCUGGCCACUGGCAUGCAUGUACAGGUGUGCUCCCUCCUUUUAGAUUUAACUUUUUCACAGUAAAACAAGCCUGAUUUUCAUGGUACAUUUAUCUGAGAGCAAAUGUGAGAGUGACUCAGUCCUUGGAAUUACAGAGAUGAGAAGUUGCCUAGUUUUCUAUCCGUGCCACCUCUGGAUCCAGGAAAAUCACAGACCUCUGUGGGCUUCUGCUGCUUUGCCCCACCUUAUGAUUAUUGUUAGUUCCAGGUAAUGGGGACUGCCACUGUCUUGCCAGAAUGACAAACCAACCAAACAGAACAAAGGUUCCCCUACCCCCUGCAUUGCCCCUUCAGGUGCAGCACACAGCAGAACCAGACACUUAGGAGGCUCAUUUCUGCCCUUCCAUGGCACCAGAGGAAAUAUGGGUACCCACCCGUGGGAGUCAUCCCUUCCUCACAGCAGGCUGCCGUCCGCUGCUCCUUGACCAGAUACCAGCAGAUUAUUUUUGUCUUGGCUCACGUAGUCCCAAUGUUACAAUUACCCACUGACCUCAAACACUUACUUUUAAAAUUACCCCUCUUUAGCAAACCCUCUGUCUAGUGGGUUGGGUGGUUUUUUAUUUUUUAUUUUUAUGUCUAAAUGGUUAAAUAGUGGGUGUGGUUGAGGAGAGAGAAAAGAAGAAAGCUUGCAGAGCAGGCAGGAGGGGGAGGGCUGUGAGGGUCUUAGCAUGGAGAAGCCCACACACUCCAUAGAGGGGACACAAGGCUUCCUCUCCUUCCUCAGUAACAUCUUCUUCUGCAGGGUCAGGUUUCCUCAAUGACAAAUAUCAUUUCAUAGUGGUCUCUAUUCCUCAUAGGUAUGCCUUGAGACUAAUUCCAGCAGCCGUGGCAUAACCCAGAUAAUCAGAGCAGCAUCCUUUGGAUGUGGUGUGAAAGUCAGGACUUGUCUGUAAGCUGAUGUUGAACAUAAUAAUAAAAAAAAAACAGGCCAGCAACUCCAAAGCACUCAAUGCCUGAAGACAAACACAGGUGGGGAGAGACAGCCAUGACUACAAAGUUGAGUUCACCAUGCAGGAGAGAUGUCAGUCAUCCAUGGCUUAAUGUUCUAUUAAAUUGUUCGCAAAGCUUCUCAGAACACACAGAAACCUCUUCAGGAGGGAAAGAGGAGGCAUCUCGUUCAGGGAUGGAGAACAUGAGGGAACAGGACACCAGUCUUUGUAGUGAUGGAAAAAAAGGGGAAGCAGCUGAUAGGAGAACGCACAAUUCCUCACAACCAGAACACUCAUGAAGCUCCUUCUGGUUACUGCGUGCUAGGGCUUUCCCUCCAUGCUCUUACUAGCCUCAAAGCCCAGCUGAACUGGCAUAAGUCUCAUGAGAACCACUGUGAAAGUUAAGGCGCUAAGCAGCAUGAAGAGCUUCAGCUGGACUGGUUUUGAAAGCCAGCCUUCAACUACAUUCUGUCACCUGGCCAGCAGUUUAUUAGGGUCACACAUCACCAACAAAAAGCUGAAGUCAGUGCUGGUAGAGGAAGCCUACCAGCAGUGCCCUGAGCUGUAGGUGUUUAUAAUGGGACCUGCUGCUCAGGGUGUGUUCUGCUCUGUGCUACUGAGGAUCUGGGUAAGGCUGAGAGGCAGAAGGUGGAUCUGGAUGCUGUUGGACUGGAAUGAUCUCAGAGUUUUUUUUGUGAGCUAAAGCCUCGUUCAGGAUCAGAGGAGCUUCACAAGCACACUGGGAUGUUAUGAGAACAAAUGGACCUAACACCCUCCCAGACUGAAUGGCAUUUUUAUGCUGCUUAUCGCGCUGACCUAAUUCAAACUUCUGGACAGUCAAGUUUGAAAUGAGCUGCCUGAGAGCAAACCAGCUCAAGGCCUUGGAUUCUGUUCUUGCUGUGCCACUUAGAAUUGCACCCAUGUUUUUUUCAGAGCAGCAGCGUUUUUCUCCAGCAAGAGUGGAGAAAAAUGCUGCUCCCUGGCUGGGAGUCUCAGGCUGAAACAUGGGAAGUGUGGUUUGGACUGAGACACCUGGGAGCAGGGAAGUCCUGCAGUGUGAGAUAGGCAAAUUAAUUCUCUUAGGGCGUGGCACCAUUACAGCACAACGUUUUUGAGUCCUGGCUAAAUUAUUUGUUCAACAUCCUAAAAAUGAAAACCUUUUGGCUGAAGUCUUUGUAGGUGUUUUAAGAGAGUGGUGAAAUUGCGACUAAUGUUUGGAAGGAACUCGGGUAAGAGAAAACAAACUGUAGAGGGUAAUUUUUAGGAAAAACAAAAAGGUUUCCAAUGCAGACAUGAUGCGCCAAAGCUGUGCUACAGCAGGAGCUCUGACAGGAAUUGUGGAUAUCUUUUCUCUCGGUGUGGGAAUAUCCUCCAGGAGUUUGAGUUCCCCACCAAAGCCCUGUUUUUAGCUCACUGCAAGUCACUGAAGCUCUGCCACUCUUCAUUGAUGGCUUCUGCUCCAGAGCUGCGAAUCGAGGUGCCUGCUCAUGCUGUUUACACUGGCAGCUAUGGAUGUCGUACUGGUAGACGCAGGGCGGGGCUGAGUGUGCCUGGGCCCUCCUCACACCGCUUCUCCCUGUCCUCUAGAGGCUGGCAUGGAUGAACAGGACAGCCUUGGAAAAUAUUAGCGUCUCGCAGUGAGUGCUGGUUCUAAGAUGUGCCCAAAGGAAGCCAGCCUGCGCUCAGGGAAAUGGCCAGGCAGCCGGGUGAAACUCUCUGGGCUCUAUAUUUGGAACAAAGAAGGAAACUCUGAGUACACAGCAUCUUAGCCCACUCUGCCCAGUUCUAAUGAUGAUCGUAUAGGAAAUAAAUAUCCUUCUAAAUAAUUUUGUUCCUCCAUAUGCUACUCUGGGCGUUAACAAAGCAGCCAUGCAGGCUAAGCCAGGCUGGUUCUGCUGAGCGUGGUGCUACUGUGGAGUCCUUGCAUGCAUUCUCCACAGAACGUCUCAACCUCGCUUUAACCCACCACUGCUCCAUCUGUGCAUCUCGGUGCAUUUGCCAGCCACGCAUCAUGUGGUUCAAUCUCAUCUCUGAGAUUUUCCACACGGGCCAGUAGGUAUCAGAGUCUGAGUUAUUUUCAGCCUGUCUGCGACAUCCAAUUCCACCCACGCGGCUUGUGUGGCUAUAUAAAUGGUGGAGGUGUCUGAAAUAACAGGCCUGGAGGAAACAUCUGUCAGCUCCGAAGGCUUGUGAGAGCAGGACGAGGCGUGCAGCUCCCCGUCUCACUGCGCCUUCCUCUGCCUGUAAGGAAGCAGAGCAGGACGAGGCUCUGUCACAUGGCCCAACUGCCUCAGCACUCAGGUUUUCAAGUCGCCUUCGUGAUUCGUUUGGCCUGUGGAGGUAAAGCCUGCCUGGAAAUCAGGAUGGCACCUUAACCUUUAUCCUCUGAAGGAAAGGACUGCUUCUCUUCCUUCUUUCUUUGUAUUUUCACUGCAAAACGGCAUCUCUUCAUCAAAACCACAGAGCUAGCUGUGCAGGGGCCGACAGGCUGCUCUGUUCGGAAACCUGUCCCUGCGCUCUCCGUCGUAGCGAAAACAGCACGCGCACAGCGGCCAGCAGCAGGAGCCAUCUUGCAGCGCUGCACUCGCCGCGGGGCGCUGACGCAGACGGGACGCGGCAGCGCGCAGGCACGCAUGGCCAGGCACGGCCUGGAGACGCGGCGCCCCCUGGCGGUCGGAGGUCGGUACCGCAGCCUUCUAGGA